GUUUGGAGGAGAUGGGGAAAGAAGAGACAAUGGGUCACAAUUAUCAUAAAAGAACGGAAAAGUUAAUUCCCUCCCAUUUCCUCCAAACACACCAGACUUAGCUAAUUUCACCUUGAAUCUCAGUAUUACCGAGGAGGAAAGAGGAAACUAGAAUAACUCAUCUAAGAAUCAUCCAUCCCUUUUCCCCUUGGAUAACCAGCUCAUGUUUCAACUUGUCUACAUAGGUGAUAGAGGACCCAUGCCUAGAGUUAAGCAGGCUCCUAGAGCACCGACACAGGUAUCUGGAGCCCAGAAGCUGCUCUGAGUAGUCUCCAGAUGAACACUAUUCAUCCAGGAGUGUUUAUUCUCCAGUCAGUACCAAAACCGACUGUGAGCCUACAUUGCCUCAUCUCUCACGUAACUUUCAUGCAUUCCGGACUACUAACAACUACCCCACCCCCACAGCUAGAGGCUUUUUGACUUUGUAAGUGCAUGCUCAAGUUUACGUAAGUAAAUCAAACAACAUGGCGAACUCGUUUACAAAAAUGCAAAUUAGAUCAGUAAGUGGAACCGUGCUACAGUCACUUCCUGCUAGAAGCCCUCUUCGCCAUUUUACUCGCAGAAUGCCUAUUCUGUAACACCGCGGCAGCAGGAGCUGGGCAGGAGAGGCGGGGGAGGGGGCAGCGCCUCCGCCUCUUCUCGGGGAGGACUGGCGGGAAGCGGCCAUCCCGCCCACCCGCCUGGCGGGAAGCUUAAAGUGCGCUGGAGCAGCUGGGAACCCCUUGAGUUCCCGCUCGGCACCGCCAUGUCCACCCCCGCCAAGCGGCACUGCCAGAGCCCCGCCGUCUCCCUCGAAUCCAGCUUCCAAAAGCGCCUCAGGAAGAUUUCCAUCGAGGGGAACAUCGCUGCGGGGAAGUCAACGUUUGUCAGGCUGCUGGAGAAACACAGCGAUGAGUGGGAGAUCAUCCCCGAACCCAUCGCUAAAUGGUGCAACAUCCAGACAGCCGAGGAUGAGUUUGAGGAACUUUCAACAUCUCAGAAGAGCGGAGGAAACUUACUUCAAAUGCUGUAUGACAAACCCACAAGAUGGGCUUACACAUUUCAGACUUAUGCUUGCUUGAGCCGAGUAAAAGCACAAUUAAAACCUGUCUCAGCCAAGCUACAUGAAGCAGAACAUCCAGUGCAAUUUUUCGAAAGAUCUGUGUACAGUGACAGAUACGUGUUUGCUUCUAACCUGUUCGAGUCCGGAAGCAUUAAUGAAACAGAGUGGUCUAUUUAUCAGGACUGGCACACAUGGCUCUUGAAUCAGUUUCAAUCAGAUAUAGAACUGGAUGGCAUGAUCUAUCUUAGAACCACGCCUCAGAAAUGCAUGGAAAGGCUACAGAUGAGAGGAAGAAAAGAGGAGCAAGGAAUUGAGCUUGAGUAUUUGGAAAACCUCCACUAUAAACAUGAAACCUGGCUUCAUGAAAGGACUAUGAGAGUUGAUUUUGAGUACAUUAAGGAGAUUCCAAUUCUAGUUUUGGAUGUUAAUGAAGAUUUUAAGAAUGACAAAAUUAAACAGGAGUACCUGAUUGAUAAAGUCAAGUCUUUCCUGACUUCUUUAGAAGACGAAAAUUAAUUCGAAUUACAAGUUCCUGAAGUUCACCUAAUAAUAUGUGUUCAAAAAUUUACUUUACAAAUGCAUUACAUGUAUAUCUUAUUUUAAAGCAAGCCAGAAAUGUAAAACAUGGUUUGGGGUUUGUUUUUUUCCUUUUCCUUGUCUGAGCUGUGUGGGUUUUGCUAGACCUUUUUUUAUAGCUAAAAAGAAGAAAUAUGGGGUGUUUUGAUGGUGUUUUUUUCCUGUAUAUUUUCUGCUGUUUAAUAAAGACUUUAAAGU